AUGGUCGCUCAAACCCCCGCUUUCAAGAAAGCAAUCGACGACAGUCGGAACUUGAAGUCGAAGCCUACAGACGAUGACCUGCUCGAGCUCUACGCCCUGUUCAAAGUCGGCACAGGCGAAGACCACGCCAGCGCCGCAAAGCCCGGCAUGUUCGAUCUGAAGGGCAAAGCAAAAUACAAUGCCUGGACCAAAGUAGUGGAUCAAGAUAAGCUGAGCUCCAGCCAGGCACAGACGAACUAUGUGCAGAAAGUUGAGAGCUUGAAGAAGGUGCAUGGAUUUUAG